UCUCCCAAUUUACUACAUACUGUAUGCACUCUGCGUUCACACGAACAAAAUUGCACCUGUACUAAUGUGGAGUUACUUUUAACGUUAUAUUUUGCGUAAUAUCGUGUUUUUGAAAGUAUAAAUACGAUUAAUAAGUUAGCAUAUACAGUCGGUGUGGGCAUGAUAGUUUAUUCAGCUUUUAUGUGUUAACUAUCGGAGUAGGACACGACUUGGCAUGUUGCAAUUUAAAAGCUACUCUUGUUUAGAUAUUUUAAGAUUUAUAGACAUCGUUUUGAGCUUGCAGUUAUUGUUUUUUGAGGGGUAGGCAGAAAGACUACUUGGUGAAUUUGAGUUAUACUUAGAUUUUAAUAUCAGAGGAUACCAGCCACAGCUCCUUAGAAACCACCUGUAUCCAUGGAGACACCUGAACCUGGCCCAGCAGAUGGAGAAGAGCAUUUGGUGGAGAUGCGACCUCGAACACGCUCCAAUCCUGAAGGUGCUGAGGACCGUCGCAGCAGCACCGGCAGCCUGGGAGGCAACAGUAACCCAAACAUAUCUCAGCCUGCUGUUGGCAGUCGUGUUGAGGGGGAGGGUGAGGCUUCGACCAGCGACAGUCCUCAGACUUCCACCACCACAACUGUUUCAACAGCUGCAGCUCAAACGGUAGCACCUGCUGCAGCCAGUGCACCGGUGCCCCUAUCCACUGCAGCUGCUGCCGUCAAAGAGAGGCCGAAGCCCACACCCCAGCAGUCCACGCUGACAACCUCUGUCCCACCACCAGAGUACCAGCUUCGAGUACCCCGUGUCAACUGCCCAGAGAAAGUGAUUAUCUGCUUAGAUCUUUCUGAAGAGAUGUCUUUGCCGAAGUUAGAGUCUUUUAAUGGGUCUAAAACAAAUGCUCUGAAUAUAUCCCAGAAGAUGAUUGAGAUGUUUGUUAGAACUAAACAUAAGAUUGACAAACGUCAUGAAUUUGCCCUGGUUGUAGUCAAUGACGACGCCCUGUGGUUGUCAGGUUUCACGUCUGACCCCAGGGAACUGUGCAGCUGUCUGUAUGAUCUGGAGACCAAUGUGUGCGAGUCCUUCAAUCUCGAAGAUCUUCUUAAUGUAAUUCGCCUGAAGAUUGAGCUACCAUUGAUGGAAAACAUUCAGACCAUCCCACCUCCAUAUGUGGUGCGGACUGUGCUCAUCUACAGCCGCCAUGCAGGACAGCUACAGUUCAAUCCUUCUGAAGCUGUUGGUAAAAUGCUGCAGUCUCCAUAUUUUUUCUUUGAUGUGGUUUACCUGCACAAUGGGGUGGAGGAGCAGGGAGAUGAGACCAGCUGGAGAGACAACUAUACCACUUUCUGCAACCUGGACUCAAAGAGCAUGUGCUAUCGCUUUGAGGUUUCCCUGAGUGGGCCCGCCAUCGAGCUGCACAACUGCAUGGCCAAACUUCUGGCUCACCCUUUGCAGAGACCUUUCCAGAGUCAUGCGUCUUACAGCCUGCUGGAGGGGGAAGACCCUCAGGACAUUGAGGCAACAGUCUAAAAUGGGACACAGCUGCUCUGUGAAACACAUACACACUAUAGUUUAUUAGAAGAGGGUCCAGGGUUUGCCAAGUCCAUUUCCUGUGGUAGAGCAAGAACGCCUAAGAAUACAUAGGAAAAAUUGUUAUAGUUAUAAAGAAACGAGACCAUUUCAGCAGGUUAUAGUUAAAUCAACCAUUGUUUUUCAUAAGAAAAUGAAUCGGUUGAACCUAUUCCCUUAGACCACACUGAUCUGUCCAUGAGUCGUAAAGGAUUUAAUCAGCUCCAGUCUGUGCCAGUUGUCCAUAGCUGGCCUUGUAAGACUUUGAAGUAGUGAACUGCUAAAUCAUAUGCGGUAUCACAGACAUCAUAACAGUACCUUUGUGUUCAGUCGGUAAAUUCCACCUUUGUUGCCUGUUUUAAUGUAUUUUUAUAAGGUGUUGUUUUUAAUUCUUUGCAUUUGUUGCUCUUGUAUGUUACACAAAUGAAUGUACAGUAAUGCAGUUGUGGCAUCAUUUGAUUUGUUCAUAAGUGGCACGUACAAGAGAUUUGAGAGAAUUUGUGGCAUCCCCCACUUUUCCUGUAUGUAAAAUGAUCUUGUGGCUAAGUGGUCCAACAUGGUCUUAUGAGUCUUCACAAAGGGAAAACAUCUGAAUUAAUUUGGAGAUUAAAUAUGAUACAGAAAUCAAUUUAAUUAAAAAUGUACAGUAUUUACAGAAAAAAAUCCCACAAAUGAAGUGGAACAGGUAGGUGGCCUUGUAUGAUAAUGUUAGCACUGAUUAUGCCAAUGAUCAGAUCUCACAAGCGCACACCUGCUCACAUACAAGUGGUGUUCAUCAGUCUGAAACAAGUGAUUUGAGCAGUUGAGAGUUUGGUGUAUCUGACUUGUGGCAUUUGUACAAACAAGCCUCAGAGAAAAGUAAGAGAUCUUGUUCUCUGUAAAUGGAAAUGUUUUUGCAUUAGGCUCACUGUCUAGAUGAGGUUUUUGAAGAUGUUUCUUGGUAUUAAAAAGGUAUGUUGAACCAUA